GGGGGAAAAGCUAAGUGGGCCAGGGACGCCCUAUUCCCCUCCCCGCGGCUGCCUGUCAGAGCGCUUCUGGAGAUAUUUCAGAGGACCCAGCCCGCAGCGACAGGCACAAAGUCACGGGGUAAUGAACUUCGGGGACCCUUUGCCGCUGCGUGCGCGGCUCUCCCCGGAAACCCGGACCUGGCCGUUUCUUCCCUCGGAAGAUUUCCCAGCAAUCUAGUUUUCCCACUCGGCUCUCGGGUUCCGGCAGCACAGAGCCCAUCUGCCUCUGAGCCUGCGGUUGUGUUUUUCCAUCUUUCUUUAGAAGACCAGCGGUCUGUAGAGAUCUGCCCACACUCUGCAUGCCUAUGUAGAGGGAGAGGUUGAAGACUGAGUGACAGGAAUGGGGAAAGAGAGGGAUUUUACCCUUUUUGUUCCAUAGGCAGACCAUUUUCGUGUCUCCAUCUGUCUUUCAAUACCCUUCUCGUACUGUCCUCCCUUCUUCAGCCUUCCUGUCCAUCUCUCCAUCUGUCUGUCCAUGUGUAUGUCCAUCUUAAGCAGCAAUCCCAGCAGCCGCAGUUUUGCAAGAGGCGGGAAGAAACUUAAGGAUGCUUAAAUUUCCACUGUGGAACGAAUUCUGAGCACCGGGAGAGCAGCGCCGCGCGCGACCGAUACCCACCUGUCGGGCCCCGAAGCUUUGCAGGCUGGAGGGCGGCUGGCGAGCUGCGGCGCCCGGCAGCGAGGCGGGCGCUGCCGGCCGGGACUCCGGCAGUGCCCACCAACCGCUCCGCCCCGGGACCGCCAGCAUGAGCAAGCCGGCAGGAUCAACAAGCCGCAUUUUAGAUAUCCCCUGCAAAGUGUGUGGUGACCGCAGCUCGGGGAAACACUACGGGGUCUACGCUUGCGACGGCUGCUCGGGGUUUUUCAAGAGGAGUAUCCGAAGGAAUAGGACAUAUGUCUGCAAAUCUGGAAACCAGGGAGGCUGCCCAGUAGACAAGACACACAGGAACCAGUGCAGGGCGUGUCGGCUGAAGAAGUGUUUGGAAGUCAACAUGAACAAAGAUGCUGUGCAGCACGAGAGGGGUCCUCGGACAUCCACCAUUCGCAAACAGGUGGCCCUCUACUUUCGUGGACACAAGGAGGAGAACGGGGCAGCCACGCACUUCCCGUCCGCUGCUCUGCCAGCUCCCGCCUUCUUCACCGCGGUCACACAGCUGGAGCCGCACAGCCUGGAGCUGGCCGCAGUGUCCGCCACUCCAGAGCGUCAGACCCUCGUGAGCCUGGCUCAGCCCACUCCCAAGUACCCCCACGAAGUGAAUGGUACCCCAAUGUAUCUCUAUGAAGUAGCCACAGAGUCAGUGUGUGAAUCAGCUGCCAGGCUUCUUUUUAUGAGCAUCAAGUGGGCUAAGAGUGUGCCAGCUUUUUCCACGCUGUCUUUGCAAGACCAGCUGAUGCUUUUGGAAGAUGCUUGGAGAGAACUGUUUGUUCUAGGAAUAGCACAAUGGGCCAUUCCGGUUGAUGCUAACACUCUACUGGCUGUAUCUGGCAUGAAUGGUGACAACACAGAUUCCCAGAAGCUGAACAAGAUCAUAUCUGAAAUACAGGCUUUACAAGAGGUGGUGGCUCGGUUUAGACAGCUCCGGUUAGACGCUACUGAAUUUGCCUGUCUGAAAUGCAUUGUCACUUUCAAAGCUGUUCCUACACACAGUGGUUCUGAACUGAGAAGUUUCCGGAAUGCUGCCGCCAUUGCAGCUCUUCAAGAUGAGGCUCAGCUAACUCUCAACAGCUACAUCCAUACCAGAUACCCCACGCAGCCUUGCCGCUUUGGAAAACUCCUGUUGCUUUUGCCAGCUUUACGUUCUAUCAGCCCAUCAACCAUAGAAGAAGUGUUUUUCAAAAAAACCAUCGGCAACGUACCAAUUACAAGACUGCUUUCAGAUAUGUACAAAUCCAGUGACAUCUAAGCUCUCAAAGUACCCACUUUUCAGGAUGGGACAGUAUCAGAUGAACUUCUACCCGUGGAGAACAAGCCUCAACUAACAAACCCUUCAGGAAGCAGAAACCUGGGAAUGUGUAGCCUUCAGGAAAAAAAUGCCAACUGACACACAACAGUUCCAGUAGCUAAGACCUGCUGCCUCCACCAGGGCAGGGCAGCCAGGAAGGAAAGGGGGUGCAAGAGGACUGCGUGGCAGGAAGUCACAGCUGCUGUGCCCUGGGAGGGGAAAACUGGGGGCUGCCACAGGCCGAGCUGUUCUGCCUCUGACCUGGAAGAUCUGGCCAAGCUUCAAAAGCUGAAAGACAAGUCGUACUUUCCUUUCCUUAUUAGCACAUAGAGUUGGGUGACCCAGUAUAGUUCUGUGUGUAACAUCGUACUGCAGCCUUCGGAACUAUGUUAUGUUGGAGAAUUUAUUUUAAAAAGAAUGGUUAGGUUUGAAAUCGAGAGUAUUAUCAAAAGUUUCCCUUCUAUUGUAAUACAUCAUUAAGUGGCCUUCAGAACCGAGUUAAUAUGUGAAAAUUAGCUUAUGCUGUGUGAUUUGCUUUUCCUCAAUCUCCUUUUUCCCCUUUCUCUUCUUUUUUUUUUUUCCUUCGUCUUCUUCUCCCCGCCCCCUUUUCCUUUUCCUUCUCUUUUAAUACCAUAGGCCAGGCAACCUUGUCAAAGGAAUUGGUGGACAAAAAUGAGAUUCUCACCAGGAUUUCAGGUUGGAUAACAUCUCAAAAAUAGAAGAGCUUUACUAAAAAGAACACAAGUCGAGGGAAGAUGAGUAAAAACAGCAAAACCAAAUAAAGUGAGAUGAGUGAUUGAGUGAGGCAGAUUGCUGUCCCUUUAAGGUCGUGCUGAAACCAAAGGCAAUGGGGUCCACACUCCUGGUUCAGCAAGUCACAGCAGACGGUAAACAAAAGCGGACACAAUGCCAGAAGGAACUUCAAGGAGAUGAGCACCAAGUGGUUUCCCGAUUGAUCCAUUGCUAACAGCCUGAGACUCUUCAAUGCCUUUCAGAAAACUCUGGUUUCUAGUAAAGCCUU